AUGGCGGACAAGGUAACUGUCCUUUGUGGCUUCAGUGCUCGCGUCGGGACAAACAACGCUGGCUGGGAGUGUGUGCUAUGUACCCGCGGACUCGGUGGCUACAAAGAAAAAGAUGUCUUCCUCCUGGAAACCUGCACAGAACACCACCUUCUCCUGACCAACGGCCUUUUCCAUCUUCAGAUGUGCAAGGAGGCGACCUCGAUACACCAGCGGUUGCGGCGCUGGCAGCUUCUGGACUACGUUGUCGUCCGGAGGCGUGAUGGACAUGAAGUGUUGGUGACAAAGGUGAUCUGCGACGCUGACAGCUGGUCGCAUCAUCGUCUCGUUAACUCCGGGGUGAGCCACCGACUGCAACCUCAUGGGAGGUUAAAGGGUAAGUGACCGCCGUCUAAGUAAGAUAUUGUAGGUACAUGGACGAAUCAUAAGGACGAGAAAUUCCAAGGGUAUGCGGAGUGCGAGGCAAUAAGGGAUUUCUUUGCACAAAUCAUGGCGGUCUGUGUCCCAAAACCAAAGCGCCUGCAUCAUUGCUCAGCUCUGAUGGAUCAGCGCUUCUUGUGAAAAAAUCAUAAAUUCUAAGACGCUGGGCCAAUGAAUUCGGAAGGGUGCUCAAUAAACCGUCCGCAAACUUCGACAGUGUCAACAACUGACAUCCCCAGGUAGGAACGAACAGUGAUCUGGGCCUCCCGAUUUUCUUUCCAGAAAUAGUGAAGGCAGUAUAUCAAAUGUCCAACGGAAAUACGCCGGGAUCCAACAAAAUCCCAGCUGAAUUAUACAUAAAGAACGGCCAUCGGCUGAUGGACAAACUGACGUCACUCCUCCAGGAAAGUUGGCUACGCGGGUAAUUUCCUAAAAACUUCAAACACGCGAAUAUCGUAUAUGCAUAUAAGCGCAAAGGAACCCGAAAACUCUGGGAUAAUCACGGAGCCAUCUCGCUACUCCGAAUCUCAGGGAGUCUCUCCUCCCCCUCCCCCAACCGUCUGAACAUGCAGGUGGAGCAGAAACUUCUCCCUGAAAACCAGUGUGGAUUCCACGGGAGCCAAAGAGCCGUCGACGUGAUCUCCGCGGCCAGCUAACUAAAGGAGACAUGCUUAAACACGAGGACCAACCUUAACAUCACCCCCCGACGACCCAACAACGGUCUUCGACACAGUCGACCGCGAUGGACUCUUGAAAAUUAUGCUGAAAUCCGGGUGUUCGGAACACUUUGCACAAAUAGUGCGUCAACUUCAAGAUGAGGUGAUGGCUAAUGUCAUGGACAACGGUGUGAUAUCUGAGUCGUUCACGUUGACAAAUGGAUAGAGACAGAUCAGCGUACUCGCCCCCGCCUAUUCUGUCUCAUGUCCUCCGUCAUUUAGACGGAGGUCUACCGUGAGGACCGGCCGGGGACAGGCAUAAACUGCCGAACCGACGGAAAAUUGUUCAAAAUUCCUGGUCUCAAAGUGUCCUCGAGAGUACCUGAAUGCAGCGUCCAUGACCAUUUGUUUAAGGAAGACUGCGAGAUAAAUACCAUAACGGAAAAGGACAUACAAUGGAGUGUGGAACUUUUCGCUUCCGGUUGCCCUAAAUUCUAGCUGGCCAUCAACGCCGAGAAGAGAGCUGUCGUGUAUCAAUCAACGUCCAACGUGAAAUGCAAUGGACUGCAUGUCAGCAUCUAAGAGACCUAAAUUUCAUUAGCUAACAAAUUUCCAAGUGAGGUGGUGAAGGUAAAUUCCACAUUCGGGCUUAAGAGAUGGCUUGAUCACAAAGUUUUUUUUUACAAAGAUUCUCUUCUACAACAUGACUGACUGAGGUCAUUCUUGUAAAACACAUUGUUGUUGCACUCCUCCCAUACUGAGUCGCAUUGAACCGCAGCAGUCAUUUUUUCACUUGUGCAGCACGACACCUCGAACAUAUUCUAAAUGAUUUUGAUUUCAUACUGGAAGUAAAUAUAGAAAACUGAUCCAAUUAACAAGCUCAUCAGGAAGUCUGCCUGCAAUACUUAAAAUAUAUACAUGUACUUCUUGAGAGAAUCAGUUUAAUGUUUCUGAAGACCCGCAUGAAUUUGGAGGCUGAUGUUGUAAUGGAUCUGUCUUUUCGACACACAUAAUUAUGAUUAUAAAUGCCCUCAGAACUUCUAACUCAAUGUUCACGUGAACUACUCUAUUUCUGAGCUCUGAACUAGACGGGUCAGCAAAUAUUUCGUUAGAUGUGAUGACGUUUGAGUCAGGCGUAUCAUGAAAAAAUACGUAUUUAUGGAACUCGCGGAGUUUUUGCUCAACUUUAAAGAAAUAAAUAAAAUAAUUUUAUUACAGACCUAUCGGGGUCCCUUCUCAUGGAAUGAUAAGUUGACUACGGCGCAUUCCAUUCUUGGAUUCAAACCGUUCGCGCAAUUACCCAUGAAUUCCUCUUCCAAUUGUUGGCAAUUUGCUUGGGCCGAGUUCUUGCGAAAUACUUCUCUUACGGUCAUGAAGCGUACUCCAGUACACCUCUCGGUAAGGUUGGGAAAUACUACGUUACUAUGGAGUUACUCGUCUUAUCCUCGACCCCACAAGAUGACGGAAGGCCAGCAAAUUAUAUGGAAUGCAGAUUUUAAUUUGGUGAAGGAGGAAGUUAUGUCCGUGAACUGGGAUUGUUUGCUCGAGAGGAGCCGAAGGACUACUGGCGGUCUUUUAAGACAAUUUGGCCAGAUCGAAUUCGGCGAAAUUAUCCGGCGAAGGUACAAAAACGAACGGUCGUUUUGUCGACUUUGUAAGAGGCAUUGAUAUUCAGUUAAGAAAUGAAAAAAUUGAAGACAUUCAGGAAAACUGGGUCACUAGAACACCGCGGGAAGUUUCAUUGCCAGCGGAAAACAGUCAAAAUGGAUCCGUCAUGCAAGAAAACUAUAAAUACAGUAUUAUCCUGCAAGCUGAACUCGAGCCAAAAAUUGUAUUCCAUUAAAUUAGCGAUCGACUGAAAAACAGGGACAAAUCGCAGUACUUAAGGAUGGUAACAACGUACAAGUCGUUGAAAACGCAAGGAAGUUGAGCAAAUGAGCUGGUUCUUUGCCACAGUAUUCACUAGGCAACCGGGGUUUCAGGAUCACGUGUUGAGCAAUCGUAUUACAAUCACAGGUCCCGUGCUUAAACCUACACUCUUCUCGACAUCUACCGUAGAAAGAAAGAUGUAGGAUCUGAAAGAAGCAGCCGUCGGGUCCGGAAAAAUAUACCGAACUAGUUUUCAGAAGAAUUGUGAACUGAUCGUCCAAACCACCAGCUCAUAUUUUCCCUUCGCCAUUUAAAUAAGGGAGACGGCCAUCUGAAUAGAAAACAGCGAUUAUGUACCCGAUAUACGAUGGUGGGACUUCAACUUAUAUCAGCAGUCAUUGGCCCCUCAAUCUUACCUCCAUUUGCCGUAAGAUUAUGGAAAUUAUGCUUAAGAAGGCGACAGUGAAGUUCAUGGAGGGGGACUACAUGCUCUCAGCGCACCAGCAUGACCUCGACCAACUCGACAACUGGUCUGCGCGCUGGAUGCGGCAAUUUAGCGUUUGUAAUUGCGUGGUCGAAGGACUCCGUCCCAGAAAGACUAAUCCGUAGGAUGAUUCCUCCCGAUGCCUCUUUGAUGGGCAACCCCUUUGGAAUGUCAAAGAGCAAAAGGACCCAGUCGUCCUGCUGACCUCUCGCCUAUACCAACGUUGCAAUGUCUAAAGGCAGCUAAACGCGCUACACAGGUGUUAGUUGCGCUGAGAGGGGGACUUGUGAAAAUUGAUAAGGACUGUUAAGAAAAAUCUGCGAGACAUUCGUUCGAUUUCACUUGGAGCAUGCCGCUCAGGUCUGGCGCUCGUGACUUAAGGAGGACUGUCGACUCCUGGAACGAGUACGAACGAGGGCUACGAAGAUGAUCAAGAACCUGAGUUGCGUGCCUUACGAAGUCAGACGGGCCUAACCUAAUUUACUUUCUUUUAUUUGCAAACAACCACGUGGUGACCUCUUUCGUGCCAACCGGGUACAGAAGUCGUUGGUGUACCCUAGAAAUUGAUGGCUUUUUUGAACUAGCUAAGGCGGAAUGGUUGCAUGGUUGUGACUUUAAACCGCAGUGGAAAACGGUCUCAACAGACGUCCGACAGAAAGCGUGCUCGCAGAGGCUCGUUGGAGCAUGGAACAGACUCCGUGAUAAAGAUUGUCUUCUGAAAAGCAGUUACUUAAGGCCAUCCUCGUAAAAUGCAUUGUGACCUGCGCUCCUUCCAUACUGAGUCGCAGUGAACAGCAACAGCCACUUUUUCAACUGUUCUGCAUGAUAUCUUGAGCAUAUUCUAAAUGCUUGUAGUUAUAUACGGAAAGUAAAUCUAGAAAAUUAAUGUAUAUUAACAGACUCGCCAUGCGCUCUGCAUGAAACACUUCAAAUAUAUACACGCACUUCUUGCCGAUUUAUCAGGUGUGGAUUUUCCAUGGAAGGGGACGAUGCCACCCACUCUGCCGCAGGUCCCCAGCCCCGGAUCGGCAAUAGCGUGAUUUUUUUCCAAUAGCAUUUUAGUUUUCAUCAUACUUCUGACGAAUAACCUCGAAUCUGUACCCCGCCGAAGAUGAGCCAAGGUAUUAAACAGAUUACGGUAUCAGAUCUUCAUAUAGCUAACUCGAAUUCUGCAACACUGACACGCAUUGAUUGAACCUGAAUCGAAAGUAAUGGCUGUGAUUUGGUUUAUCCCAACUAAUUCUGUGCCUUUUCGUUUCCUGCGCCAUUUUUCUAUGUCUCCCUACUCGUCACAACAUAUGUUUAGUUCAUAUUACUGGCGCAAUCGGACAAGUUACUUCAGAUUGAUAUACUGCCGCCCUGCAAUGAUCCAUCUAGUCCCGUGUUUCUGUUACACGUCCUAGCACUUUUAGUAAAACAGACUCGCGGAUUCUUGUAGAGGGAUCAAUAUUUUUUCUUAAUCAGGUAGUUUCCUCUCCAACUCUUGAAUACGGAAGUUUUUGCAUGCGUCGGGCAAAUGCCGUCAGCAUUCCCUAAUUUCAGGCCCGGUGACCAUGAUUUAAACAGGCUGAAAUUCAGGCGGACAAGACAAGUGCCGACUUGGGUAUCGUAGUGUGGGCUCUGGCCACUUUCUUUGCCGGGUUAGAACUUCACCAAUAGAGUGUACGAUGCAAAACUUCCACACCUUACCAUAUUUUGUAACUAAAUUCCUAUUUUCCGUAAUGGCGAGACGGGUAUAGAUUUCGAAUUUGGCGUGCAACCUACAGGUUGCACGGACCACGUUCGUAGACGAUAUUCGCGUUGUGGCCGACAAAACGUAUGGAGUAAUAAGAGAUUUUGCCGUUAAGAUUUUCUCGGCGUCAGUAAGUAGGGAAAAUGGUUGCCAUUCCCUGUCGGCAGAUUGUAAAUGCGGUUUUCGUGAUAACAUUGGGAAACCCGCUGUCUAGCCCUGCGCUAGCAGUACCGAUUUGCCGGCUUGUGUGCAUCUAGUGAUCUGAUUAACUGACAGAGCACAACUGGUGCCAAUCACGCGAAGGGACUGCUGGCCGCAUUGUGCCCUUAGGGACUACUGACAAGUCAGUCAAUCACAAAUCCAGUCGCAGACUAACCUUAAGGGCUGGCCCAAGACGACUGUUAUGCUAUCGAUGUUCAGCGUUUGUGGACACUAAUCAGGUCUUCCAGAAUUGAAACGUGGUCUAUAAUCUGGCACGAAAUUGUUGAUAUUUGCAAAUGUAAGGUAGGUAAUCGAAACCUCAUUUGGAAGGUCGUUUACGAGAACGCGAAACAGCACCGAUCCUUGUGAACGCCGCCAUGAAUUGGCAGCUCACUCGAAGGGGUGUCUACCGCACACUCAAAAUCUUGUUUGGGGUACACUCAUACGAUUAGUUGUCUUUCCGGUUGAGCCACAGUCGUCAGGCCUUUCUUUGAGCAAUCAGUGGUUGAUUGCGUUAAAUACCUGGUAGUUUUGACGGACGACCUGGACAUGUUCACCGCUGUCUAGCAUUCACUGCCUUAGUAAACCAUGACCAGUGCCCAUGGUGAAUUCGUUUCAAAAUUUUACACUGCACUGACGAAACUAACCAGGCGGUGUUUCCCCUAGAUCCUAUUAUAGGUAGGGGGGGGGGGGGGGGGCUGACUGAUGUCUGUCACCAGUCAUCCAGGAUGCCAACUGUUAUGAGGAUAACAUGGGACAGGAGCUCUGGCCAUAGCCCCGUAAAAUUCGUGACUUCUCUGGUAAAAAAUGUCAAUGACUCGUCUCUGUGGAAGUAUUUCAAAUUUCUGCUUUCAUCUUUGAUGGACCAAACAUUUGUCCUAAACGGGCCUGGUUACUUUUUAAGCGCAUUUUACUCUUCCAUAUAUCCGAACAUAAACUGGUAGAACAGUUGGGUUGUCUGGCUCUAAAGCAUGGUCAAAGUGCUGGUAUUCAAAAGGGGAUUUUUUUCUGUCUUUUCCUGUAACAGGCGAAGUGCCCGGUGCGUCGGGCCGAUUCAUAUUCAUCUGACCUUCCAAGGUACACUGUGAAACCACUUUUUUCCAAUUGUGUAAAACAAUAUUCACGUUCUUCUUUUGGUUUCCUCCACAAUAAUCAGUUGCAAUUCGAUUGACAAAGUACUCUUAUGAGCACUAUUCGACACUCCAAAUUUCUGAUAAAAUCAUGCAGAUCUUCAUUGACACCCUACUUCCGCGAAACCCGUCCUUGCUUGAAAGCAAUCCAUUUAGGUUCACGUCUUUGCACUACCCUACUAUACGAGCGCCCCCUUAUCGAUCUAAUCGCUUAGUUGGAAUCUCUCCAAUUUGCCCAUGAAGCCAUCGGCUAGGAGAGGUCCGAGGGGUGAGCCCAUAGCAACGUCAGCUACUUGUCUAUAGAGUUGGUUGUCGAACAGUAACUGCACUUUUAACGUGCAUCUUAGUAAUAGUUACUUGAGUGUCUUCAUCGGAAUUCCUAUUUCCUGCCGAUUGGUUGAUAUAAAUUCGGGUUGGGGGGGGGGGUAAUAGCAGUCAGCGUCAGGGGCGGGGUGAGAGCGGAAGGGCGUAGAGAGUUGCGGCGUUAGUCCACCACCCCUUCCCUCACAUUCGCACACCCCGCCUGUGUUUUAAGACGAACUUUUAUUGAUUUCCCUUAUCGCUGACCUGUUUUACUUCUAACCCGUUCCCAUAUUACUGUACUGGCCUGACGGCUCGAAAGCUACGUAUGCUCGUCACCUCGUCUUCGAAUGAUUUUCACUUGCGAAUCACACUUAAGUUAUACGUGCGUCAUGAAUGUUCCCGUAGAUAUUACCUUUAGUACGUACGCAUCUCAAAAGGUGAUAAUCUUGUAAGAGUAGGUGAGCUUGGAUUUGGUCAUUGUUGCAAUUUACUCACGAAAUUCAUAGUUUUAAUUUGACCCUGUAAAACGCCUAAAUCAGGGCUCCCAUUUUUUCUAGGACCAUUAUGGAUCAUAACUAGAAAGUCUGUUCGAAAUGCCGCCUACCUGAAGAUGAGGUCACAACGGCUUUACGUAAGUUAUCACGUGCGGAUUCGGAAUUGCAAUUCUUUCCCCUUAUAUUUAGGUCGAAGGGUUCGUCGCGGCCGUCCUCCUAAUUUGUCUUUUUCCCGGCAUUCGCUCAGAAGCAGUUCUCCAAAUCGGAGCCUGUAUUAUGAUGGCCACUUCCGCCGAAGUCCUGCUUGUCCGUUCUGGAGGCGAACUCCCCAUGCGGCUGACUCGUCCGGAUGUGGCUCCUGGUUGUUGGCUUAUCUUUCUUGUUCCCCUCCUACUUGCAUAUCAGAGUGAUACGUCCAGUGCAAAGAAUCUCUCCUACGCCUCCCUCAUAGCCUUCGGUGUCCACAUAUUUGCCCUCAAAUCAGUACGCGAGACCACCAACAUUAUUGCUAUGCUCGUGUGCUGUUUUCCAUUUGGAGAACUGAACUGGUCCUGCGCUGUAGUAGCUCUCUUCAUCUACCUCCUGUCGCUCGAGCUGCUACAGGCCUUUCCCCACUCCUUUACCGUUGGCGAAUCAAUACUCUUUGGACAGCUCAGCCUCGCCUUCAUGGUAUCCCUGCGAGGUUUCUUUCCGGUCUUCAUAGUCGCCUACCUGGUGGAGCACUACAGAGUGGGCUUUGAUGUUUUGUCGGUGGGAGGAGCUUGUUUGCUGACGGUUUUACUCUGGCCUGCACUUCUUGCUUUCGCCAACUCUUUCUCUGCGGAGGUUGGCUGCCUGGACCUUCUGUGGCCUCUCAGUCUGGUAUCUUGGGAUAACAUUCUGCUGGUCCUUUUGUGGAUUCCCAUGUGUCUGAUGGCGGUAACUGUUGUGCUGCUUUAUUCCUGGCAAAACAAACUGCCGUCACCACGUGUUGAGGUGUCUGAGCCGCCUGCUGAGUGCAACGAGAGUUCGUCUAAAGACCAGAACGAAAUUUCAAGCGCAGUCGAUGCAAAGCGUCCAAAAACGCCAUUUUUUAUCCGCAAACUCUUUCAUCUUCUAGCCGGCUUUGUCUUCUUCACAGGACUGCUCAUCUCACCCGUGUUUCUGUCGUUUGCUUCUGCCUGUGUGCUCGUAGUGUUUCUUCUGGUGGAAUGGGCUCGUCGCCGAGGCGUAAGUCCAUCUUUUUGUCUUUGACAAUCUUGUGUGCAAUCAAGUCGACGAAAAGUCAGAAUUGAUUGUCAGAGCCAGUGGCUGGGCUAAAGAGCUCGGUUAGGGGAGAGCAGUAUUGAUCCCUUCAGCAGCACUCCGAGAUAAAGCGACCAAAGAGAACUGUGACGAAAACUAGGAAUUUAGUCACGACGACUGACAUCACAGCGGUUUUUGUACCUUGCCCUGUUUACAUAAGAGUCGGCAUGACAACAGCUCCUCUCUUCCUUCUGGUUAGGAGGCUGAUUAAUUUACUCAGUCAGGCAGCAAGCUCAUGCACAUGGAGUCAGUCAACCCUUGUUAGUUGCCCUGUUAUCCAGUUUCUGGUCCCCAAAACCGGGGUGUAAAGUCGGAUUAACUGACAGCUGGCGUUAAUCAAGCUGCUCUGAGUCCCCGAGACCCCUCUAUUUCUGCCGUAGGUACGAAUGGCGGCACGCCUUAGGUGUAGACCUUCACGCCGCAUCAGUUACUGUGUCCAAUCCCUUAGCCCCUUUGGCUAACAGGCUCGGACAGUCGACUGGUGCAUGAGAGGGGGGAACAGAACCCAUCUCCGCGGUAAGUCAGCGCAUUCCUCACAGUAAGAAGUCCGGUGCGCCCAAAUCUAUCACUACGAGAUAAGAGUCGGGAAGGUUGCCAGCUGUUGUGAUAACUCUGUUCUUCUCAGCACUGAGAGUCUGACUGUAAUGACUCCUUCCAAACGUGACCUUUACGACUCUCACUGAUGUGAAAUCAGAGUCGCCCGAUACGGAAGCUCAGAUUGUGCGUGGCAAGCUGUUUGGCAUCGUCAAUCCCUGCGCCCGCACCUACUUUCGGUCGUCUUGACAGUGUCCUGUCAUCGGAGUAGGGUGUCUGAGGGAGGAGGGAGUGCGAUAGAUGCUGCGCGAGUCUGCUUGAAUACAAACUAAUCCACGUACAAGUCACCCGUGGAGCACACGUCAGAUGCUGUCGAUUUCCACGGCCAAACUGUCAUUAUGUCGUUAUCUACUUCUAUCAUACCAUUAAGGACCUAUAAAGUUGACUGGUGACACACAGUUGACACGAUUACUCAGGUAUCCUUGUUGUAGACAGCUACUAUGGGUGGGAUUCGAAGCCUACUGGGUCCAGUGGUUGGCCAGUGUUUCUUCCACCGGAGCGCCCUUUUCAGAAAUGAUGCCAUCAUCGCACCUUUGUUAGGUAGUAUCUUUGAAGGAGGUGGAUGGCCGAACUGGACCAUUCUAAGCGUCUUAUACAACUCUCUGGUGUCACCGCUAACCGAAACCUGUGUGAGACUUGGAACCUCUUUACUACAGACUUCAUGGCUCAAGUGUCCUCCCUUUUGGGGGCUCCAAUGGCUUCCUCUUUUGACAUUAUCAGCCAGUCGGCUCGUUAACCACCGGAGUGUAUUAAUUUCAUUCUUCUAUACAGUGCGUGACCGAUUUCAUGAAGUGUUGGCUGAAAUUCUGAAAUGCGUUUUCGACUAGGAAGGAUUACUUAGGUGGGAUUGUAAUACUGGUUAUCUAGAGACAUAAUCCUAUAAUAUUUCGGACUUGCCAGGAUGUCGGCUUUUGAAUGCACUUCUUUUCGAUCUCCUGCAGAGACCCUACAUGGUAAAAAAUGACUACUUAAGUAGCACGCGUUUUUCACAUUGAUUUUCGAUGGUUUUAUAAUCUCAAGCAUAUUUUAUAGACAACAUGGACAAAAUAUGCUUUAUUUUACUCGUUUGGUAGAAAAUCACAUUAUCUUUGCAAUUUUGUACUCGAAGAAAGCGUUAUUUAGGUUUUGAAAAAAAUUUUUCAAUCCCCGAAUAAUUUUGAGCCAGAUCAGCCGUUGCGUUAGCGUUUAGCGAUCCCAGUCUACAAGGUACAUGCUAUCCGUGUAAGAAAAAUCAUAUAUUCCUUUAUGCCUUUAAGAAGAUACCAUGUGAAGUUUACUAAGAUUUUUUAAAUGGCUGCUGACUAUGUUGUACGUUUCAUGGGGAGCACUGGUAAACGGGCAUAUGCGAUGCUGUAUGUAUGGACAUCACACGGUCUUAAAAAUUUUGUAAUUAGAAACUUUUUUAAAACCGAAACAUAACAUUUCUUUGAGUAUGAAAUGUGAAGAUAGUGAUUUUCUGCCAAACGAGUAAAAGAAAGCAUAUGUUGUGCAUGUAUAUAAAAUAAAAAAUAAAAAUAUUGGUCUCCCCACCUUUCCAAACUGGACACAGAGGUCCCCUUUAACAUAAAUUUGGCAGGUUUCGAAUUAGAAACACGGCAAGACACGUGGGUGGGAAUCCCUCGUAUGGCGCGAGCUUUGCACCAAUCUCUAAGGAGAUUAUGGUUAGUGUUGGGAUUAGGGUUGGCCCCGUUUUACGAUUAUAAAUGCUUAACAGAGUGGCUAUAUAAGUGCGAAAUAUUGCUCUCUUUCUAAAUUACUCAAGUAAUCUUUUAGAAUGGAAUUGUGCUAGCAGCAACUACACCGCACAAAAAGCAUCUUGAAAAAAUUAGAAUGACCGCUUGGCGCUUGGGAUUUUCGCGGAUAAAAGGAACUGCGGAUACGUUUAGACAGGACUGUCCUUAGGCGUUAUGUUUGCUUCGUACGGCCUGAACUCACCGAUUUAAAAUCAGUAAAGCGUCUCCUUUUUUUAAAAAAAUGACCUGCCUGUUUACAUUCUGUUUUGCCUGACUUCUGCGGACUAAAAUUAUUAAAGAAAACGCAUGAACAGAUCCGCAAACGUAGUCCAGGACAGCUGUUAACAUGUGAGAUUGUCCGAUUACAAGGUAAUGUUGAUUUCCGUUCAAAUUUCUAAUCAUUUUUCCGGUAGAGCGCGGGAGUAUGGACCUUCCCUUCUAUUCCAGGUGAUCUUGUGCUAAAUUCCAAGGGGUUAGGUCUAGGAGCUUUGAAGUUAGGUUUGGUCUUAAAGUUGGGACACAGGGGUAGGUGUCCCCUGGAAUUAGGCGCGAUGCGGCCCGUAGUACGAGGGAAGGUCCAUACUCCCUCGUCCGGCUCGCUUCCCCUGAUAAAAAUGUACCUAGAAACAUUCUGCGUGACCAAAGGACAUGUUCCGAAACAGGUUAGGCGAAUACACAAACUGCGCAACGUUAUAAACGUCCUAGCAGGAUCAUCCAGAUCCAAAUCUUCACGUUUCAUGAGUUACGCCACCUACCCGGGUGAGCGACAGCGACCUGUGGAGAAUUCGGACAUUAAUGAUGGGUAACUCCCCUACCCCAGUGAUAGAAUAAUGUUACGGCGACUGGAAAUUAGUCCGGAUCGAAAGUGACCUAGAAUAAGUCCCGUCCCAAUACACGGCUGGUUUCUUCCGUGAUCGAACCAGGCCUUGCAUCUACCAACUGAUAUUGGAGGUGUACGCCGACUGUCCUCCUUCGAUCACACCCCCUUCCCUUCCCCCCAUUCGCAGUCAAAGCGAUUGUAAGGAUAUGGCCCGUAGGCUCAGCACGGUUUCUUGCAGCCACACACUACUGCUGGGCACCGGGUAGCGUCAAAAUGGAACGGCUAUCGUCCGCAGCCAGAUGACACCCUUUCUGGCCGCCCGAUGGGUCUCUGUCCUUAGCACCAGUGGAGUCCGUGUAAUUUUGGACCACACCAUGCGCCGUCUACAGCCACGUUGCUGUUGUCGUUUCUGACUGCCAGCUAUGCCUUUAGAAGUUGGUUCUGAUACGAUCUUCCUUUUUUUCUCUAGCGGCAGCCCAUCUCUCGCACUCUUAACAACGCCCUCGGGCCGUUCCGCGACUCAAGGGAUCAGGGUGAAAUUAUUUUCACCCCCAUAGCCCUUCUUUUAGGUCUCAGUUUGCCCGUAUGGGGCAUCGGACUCAGUCCUGCACACUCACAUUCUCUAGGUUAGUUUCUUUCCUACUCAGUCGUGUGAUCCGCAUUCUCUUCCCUCCGUCUCUCCCGCCGCACGCCCUCCUCUCUCUCUCUCUCUCUUACAUUCUUCUAAAUGCAUUUCUAUGUCUGUUUCUUUCUGAACCUUGUUUUUCGCUUCCUGCCAUUGCCCACUCCUCGUCACUCAAGACACGCGUUCCACAGAACCACCCGGCUUGGGUCCAGCCAUGGCCGUUGCCCUCAAGUUCCGUCCCUCCGCAUGGUCUGGUGUGAUUACGAUUGCCCUGGGGGACAGCGUUGCCGCCCUUGUUGGACGGCAGUGGGGUGGCCGUCUGAAGUGGCCGGGCAGCCAUCGCACCUUCCUUGGCUCAUUCGCCUCACUACUAUCUCAGGUUGGUGUCUAAUGCAUACACCUUCAUUCUGUGUUUCUCACUUCAACACACCCCGGCGGAGCCCUAUCGGGUUUGCAUAAGUAUUUGGGCUUAGGAAACCAACUAGUUGAUCAUUGAAAGUUGGGAGUACAUUCUCCGCCGCCCAUACUGCCAAUCCACAAGAACAUUAAAUAUAGGCAGGACCUCACAUGAUCCAGUAUGAUGCAGUGUCUGAUGGAGAUUACAGCCGACAGACAUCGGUGCUAGUUUCUGCUAACAACGCUUAGCAGCCUGCAGUGAGUGACAAACCGGAGUUAAAGAGCAAGCAUAAGUGUUUAUCCUUAGUCUUGCAUCCGGACCAGGUUGAUGAAUGCCAUGGAGGGCGUUAUGUAAGAAGAGGGCAGAAGUAGUAGGGAUCAAUUCGACCGACUGGACGCCAAUAAGACGGGGAAGGCGCUGCCUUGAAGAUUAUUAAUGAUGUAUAUCAAGCUACCUAAAUUAAAUAAGUAGACACUCUGUGGUAAUAUAGUUCAGGGAACUUGUCCUCAUGUCCUACCACAGCUUCUACCGACAGCAUGUGGCUGCCUGCAGUGGGCUGCAAGCCGGAACCAGAGGGAAAAUGUCUGUCAUUCGUCUUGUUCCCGGGCCAGAUCUGUGAACCCCCUUCCACGUGAAUUGUCGCGGACGUAAACUGCACUACGUGAUCACCUGCCUCAUCUUUUAAGUGGAUGUGUGUAGCCAGAUCGUUAUACACACUCUUGCAGAACUUCUAACCAUCUGUCACACCAGGCCGCUAGAACAGAGCUACCUAGUUGUACGUGCCUGAUCUAGAGUGCCCCAUCACGUCCAAAACUUUGCCGCUGUAGAUGCAUGCCGCACAUUCUCUUCUACAGCUGAGAAGACGGAGUGCCGCAGGUCCAGGCAGGAGAGACAUUUGAAUUGCAGCUUACGCUAUUCGCCCAGUCCAACUAGUGGCGCGGCCCAUCUUACGCCGUCGGGAGGUCGGUGUAUCGAUUAAUGGAAGUCUAUGUGCACUAGAAUCAGGCUGUGGACUUGCUUUUUCAGCUUUUUUCUCGUAUGGCUUACGCUUCUGGCGACAAAAUUUCCCUUUUAGCUCAUGCUAUGGGCUCUCCUGGUGUACCUCGAGGAAUGGCCAUGGCGUCAGGGCGUUGUGCCCCUGGUGGUGGGUGUCUUGGCGGAGGCUUACACAGAGCAGAUCGACAAUUUGGCUGUUCCACUCCUCGUGAUGACUCUUUUCUCCGCCGAAGAGGCACGACUCGCGUACCGGUAA